AUGCCCAAAACUCAGCCGCAAAAGAAAUAUGUCAAAAAACUGAAUAAUGACCCAAUAGAAGUUUCAAAAGUUAUAAAUACAGGGUCUUCAUCGAAAUUGAAAAAGAAAAUAAGAGACAUUGAAAGACUACUUAAAAAGGCCGAAGAACCAAAUUCCAAACUACCUGCAAAUAAAAAAGUGGAAUAUUCAAGAGCGUUAAAAGGUUUAAAAAUUGAACUAGAACAAUCUCAACUCAACCUAAAACAAAAGACCAAUGCAACUAAAUAUCAUAUGGUGAGAUUUUUUGAGCGAAAGAAAGCCAUUAGAAAACUCAAGCAAAUACGAAAGACAUUUGAAGAAGUACAGAAGACGGAGGUAAAAAAGGAUAUAAAAAAAGUAAGGAAACAAUUACGACAUGGAGAAAUUGACCUUUUAUAUGUUGUUUUAUUUCCAAAAUCUGAAAAGUAUAUUUCGUUGUAUCCGAGUUCAAAUGAUGAAGAUUUGAAUGAUCCAAAUGUAAAAGCUGGAUUAAGAAAGACGGAUGCAAGAAGGACGGAAUUCAAGAAACAAGUGGAAAAUUUGUUGAAGGAAAAUAAAUUGACUUUUACCAUCGAUGACAUAUUACAAGGAAAACAAAUCAAGACUCUCGAAAUUGAACAUAAACCAACCAAAGAAAUUGACGCACCGGAAACUAAAGUUGAAAGUAAAGAAGAAGAAGAAGACGAUUUUUUUGAAUAG